AUGGAACCCGUUAGUAUUGCCGGCCUCGCCGGCCUUUUCACAUCUCUCAUGGAUGUCAUUGACCGGGCUAAAGAUUAUCGAUCAUUUGCCGCCGAUUCAAGAACGCUUGAUGCCCAGUUUGGCGGAUACGGAGCACAGCUGGCACACUGGGGGCGGCAAAUCGGGAUCGAUAACGGCCAGUUCCCAGCCGACCACAAAGCAAGAUUGGAUCCGCAAACGUUAUCUGCCGCAGAACAGCUAUUGCAGGUAGCCAAAGAAGUUCUGGCUCUCGGCGAGCCGUCUCGUGCCAGGGCAAAGGUUGCCACGGGCCCGGCCACCUUCACACCGGGCAGCUCCCGCCUCCAAAAACUCGGAUGGGCACUGGGAGGCAAAGCAGAUAGGUCUAAAACCGUGCGAUUAUUUGGCGAGAUUGUGCACCAAUUAUGCGAACUGGUCCCGGGUCAGCCAACCGGGGGCAAGCCGAAAGGUCAUGCGGCACAAAUAGGCUCUAUACUUUCACAAGCGCAUCCAAGUCUGCAGGACUUUCUUGCCGAAAUUCGGCAAAUGAAUUCUCGGAUGGUUGCGGAGAGGAAAAGGACUUGCAACUGGAUAUUCGACCAACCCGAGUUUCUUAACUGGACCAAGAAAGACAUAUCUGUAUCAAAACGACCGCUCCUUUGGAUUCAUGGUCACGCCGGGUUUGGAAAAACGGUCCUUUGCGCUCAGAUUGUGCAAAGACUGAUAGAGAGUGGGGAUAGACCAGUGGCAUAUUUCUUCUUCUCUUCCAACUUUGACAGCAGAGAUGACCCGUAUGCUGCUUUAAGAUCCUGUGUUUUGCAGCUUAGCUCGAGCUAUCCUGUCGCUUUCGAACUCGCCUUUGACAAAUGGAAUGAGAUGACAGACCAGGCGAUGGCCUCGCGGCUCGUUAUCAUCCAACUUCUUCGCCAUAUCCUUGCCGAAAUACCCUGGUGCACACUGGUCAUUGACGGGCUUGACGAGUGCACGGCAGCGCGAAAAGAAAAAGGCAAUGUUGAACGAUUUCUCUUUGAUAUACGUAACAUCAUGGCUGAAACGACUCGUAUCUUGAUCGUUAGUCGCGAUGAACCGGAGAUCCGACAAGCCUUGGAAUGCGAUGGAAACGACAUCCUGAGUCAAUUCAAAAUAUGCCCUGAUCAUGUCAAAAAUGACACCAAUACAUUGUCCUAUCACAUAGUGAAUAAAAAGUUACCGAAUAAAACUGAAGAGAUCAGAAAGGACCUCUCAGAACGACUGAGCUCCCGGUGCGAUGGCCAGUUCAUUUGGUUAAUGAUGCAACAAGCUUCUCUCAGGAAGGGGAGCAACUUCAUGGCCCUUCAAAGAGCUAUCGAAGAGACACCUACUGGCCUUGACCAGGUCUAUAAGCGGAAUUGGGACUCUAUUUUGGCAUAUGGAGAAAGAGAUCGAGAGCAAGCCUUUGCGCUUCUUCGUUGGGCUGCUUUCUCAUCAAGACCGCUGACCAUAGGCGAGAUAGCUGAGGCCAUUCUCUUGGACGAGACUCUCGAAGACUUUCCUACAGAUGAGCUUCCCGAUUCCGUUGACGAUGAUUAUGUCAAUACUGAGAUUUCUGGACUUUGCGGGCCACUUUUAGAGGUCAGAAGCAAGUCUGAGGAUCAACAACCGCAACUUCGCACAAUACAUAUUGCACAUUUCAGCAUCAGAGAAUAUUUGAUUUGCAAACUUCCGAUCAAGAAUCUGGGUUCAAAUGAGUCCCUCCGAGUGUCAAAUGAGCGAGCACAUCGAUCGUUUCUUUCUCGCCUAUGCCUUAAAUAUAUUACGUGCCGUAGCACAUGGAACGAUACCGGAUCGACAAACUUUAUCAAGACUCUCCGGAACUACGCUGCUGUCUCAUGGUACAAUUGUAUCGAAUAUUCUAAAGAUGACGAAAAGGACUCGAAACUUUUAGAUCUGGCAUCGAAUUUCAUGGCAGAAACUCACCCUUGCUGGAGCUCAUGGACUCAAUGGUUCGACGAGCGAGACGACAACAAGGAAGCCAUUGAAGAAAGGCAAGAAGUUUCAGGGCCUUCAGAGCCUUUGUACUACGCGCUGAGAUUGAGUCUCGAUGAAUUUGCUUCCAAAUUAGCGCUGUCCUGCUCAUCCUGUAGGAGAGACGAGAACAAGGGAAGGUCGUCCCUCCAUCUUGCAUGCCGCCAGGGAAAUAGCAAGGUGGCCGCAGCCUUGUUGAGAGGAGAAGCUACGUCGCUGCUGAACUCGCGUGGGCUACAGGGAAGAACUGCAUUAUACGAAGCAGUUUUGUAUGGCAACAAUGAUGUGGUAGAAAUGCUAUUGGAAAUGGGGGGUGAUGUGUCUAUCCUUGAUAAUGAAGGGUGGGGACCGCUUUCAGUAGCAGCCUCAAUAGGCGAUGAUGAGAUGCUCUGUCUCAUACUAGAUAGACGGGCUGACUUAGUUGAUUCAACUCUCAAUCAUGGUAGUGAACGCAGACUGCUUUCACUAGUAGCUGCAAGCGGCUAUCUCGAGAUAGUCGGUAUUCUGCUACAUAGAGGGGCUGAUUUAUCGGUUGCUGAUGAAGAUGGCUGGACACCACUUGCAAGGGCAGCCUCCUCUGGCAAUUUUGAGAUAGUCCGCCUCCUAUUAGAGAAAGGAGCUGACAUCUCUGUUGUCACUGACUUUGGAUCGACACCAAUUCAAACUGCUGCUGAAAACGGCCAUAUUGAAGUGAGGGGCUGA